AUGUAUGCUCUCCACCGACAGGUCGAUCUCCUCCCCUACGUGAAUCAAGGGGAAUCCGCCUUUCAUGAGGUCAAGAAUCUGAUGGAUAAUGGUGUGUGGGAUCUCGGACGCGAAGAGGACGGUAUCAUCAUCAAGAGCCUUUACAGUCGGAAAUACAACAACUAUAUCUUCCUGACGGAGACGGUGGUGAACGCUUCUGCAGAGGACCUUAUCGAAGAGUACUGGUGGCAUUUCGAAAGAAUCCCCACCUGGAACACGGCGGCAUCCUCAAUGGAAGUCAUCAAAGUCGAUCUCCUCCCCUACGUGAAUCAAGGGGAAUCCGCCUUUCACGAGGUCAAGGAUCUGAUGGAUAAUGGUGUGUGGGAUCUCGAACGCGAAGAGGACGGUAUCAUCAUCAAGAGCCUUUACAGUCGGAAAUACAACAACUAUAUCUUCCUGACGGAGACGGUGGUGAACGCUUCUGCAGAGGACCUUAUCGAAGAGUACUGGUGGCAUUUCGAAAGAAUCCCCACCUGGAACACGGCGGCAUCCUCAAUGGAAGUCAUCAAAAGAAUUUCCAAGACCAAAAUGAUCGCCCGCGUGAUCGGAGCACAUCUAGGAUCGCAAUACAUCUCGAGAAGAGACUUCGUGGCUGUGUACUCUCGGCAUGGGGUGCUGGACACGCAGCGGAUGGUGGAGGAUUUCUACAUGUGCUUCAUCUCGACGGAGUUCCCCGGGGCACCGCCCGAAGGGGAAUACGUGAGGGCCACAUAUCAUCCGAGUGGAUUCCGGUUUUCACCGAAUGGAGACGGCUCCGCGACAUUCCAAUACCUGCUGAACGUUGAUGUGAAAAUCAACGCUCUGAUGAAGGCUUUAUCCCGAGUUGCCAUGAUUCCGACCAUGGCUGAAUAUGCCACGCAACUCAGAAAUUAUGCAUCAACGUUGAAGAAAGCCUGAUGCGGAUGCUUUCGCAAAACAUUUUCAGGUAUUGACAAUUUUAUUUUAUUUUUUUUCCUAUCCUCUUGUUUCUGUCGAAUUUGGAGAUGAAUAAAUUAG